AUGAAUAUAAACGAAGAGGAUAGCCAAAAAAAUGCAGAGUUAGAAAAUUUCUUAAAUAUAUUGGAAAUAGAAUUUAACAUAAAUAAAAAAGAUUUAGAAAGUGAAAAAAAAGAAGAUUUCGAUUAUUAUAAUAAUUUAAAAAAAGAUAAAGGAAUAGAAGUGUUCAGAAAUAAAUAUACAAAUUCAAUAAAUAUAAGUAAUAAAUAUGGAAUAGAUCAUAAUAAAGUUAUGGGAAUUAUUAAAAAAUUAGAAACAUUAUAUUAUAUUAUUAAUAUUGUUAAAAGCUUUAAUAUAUAUGAUUUAACAGAUGAAGGAAAUAAUUAUUUAAAGAAUGGAUCCCCUGAGUAUGUUGUCUUAAAAUAUAUUUUUGAGAAAAAAAAAUGUACUAUGGAUGAAUUAAAAAAAAUAUAUGGUAAAAAAGGAGAAAUUGGAAUAAAUAUAAAUUUAAAAGAAAAAUUAAUCCAAUUAAAUAAAGUUGAAAAAUGUUUAAGUUGUAAUUUAGAUAAUAUAAAUAAUCAAUUUGAUGAUAUAACACAAAAAUGUCUAAAUCUGGUAAAUACACUAGGGAAUGAUGAAGAAAAUCUUUUUAAAGAAGUUACUAAUUUAUAUUUAGUGAAUAAUAAACCCCCAAAUUGUAAUAUAGAUUGUGGAAUUAAAAUAAUUAAUGAACUUAAAAAGCGUAAAUUAAUUGAAAUAAAAAAAAAAACAUAUAGCGAAAUAAUUAAAACAAGCAAUUUUAAAAAAGAGAUAAAAAAACAAAUUACAGAUUUAAACUAUUUAUUAAUAAAAAACGAUGAAUAUAAAAAGUAUGAUAUAAAAAAAUAUAAUUUCUAUUCAAGUGGUAAAAAAAUUAAUAAAGGUAGUAUACAUCUUUUAACAAAACAAAUGAAAUUUUUUAAAGAUAUAUUUAUUUCCCUUGGAUUUGAAGAAAUGAAUACUCAAAAUUAUAUUGAAUCAUCAUUUUGGUGUUUUGAUGCAUUAUAUAUACCACAACAACAUCCAAGUAGAGAUUUACAAGACACAUUUUUUGUAAAAUAUCCAGAAUAUUCUAAGGAAAAUUUUAUUGAUAAAGAAUAUAUUGAAAAUGUUAAAAGAGUGCACACACGUGGUGAUUAUGGAAGUUUUGGAUGGAACUAUAAAUGGAAAUUAGAAGAAAGCCAAAAAAAUGUUUUAAGAACUCAUACUACUGCAAAUUCUUGUCGAACUUUAUUUAAAUUAGCUAAAUUGUAUAAAGAUAAAGGACAUAUUAUAUCUAAAAAAUAUUUUAGUAUAGAUCGAGUAUUUCGAAAUGAAAAUUUAGAUAGCACACAUUUAGCAGAAUUUCAUCAAAUUGAAGGGUUAGUAAUUGAUAAGAAUAUUGGUUUAUCACAAUUAAUAGCAAUGUUAUCUGCUUUUUAUAAAUAUAUAGGAAUACAUAAAUUAAAAUUUAAACCAACUUUUAAUCCAUAUACAGAACCAUCUAUGGAAGUUUAUGGAUAUCAUGAAGAACAUAAAAAAUGGCUAGAAGUUGGAAAUAGUGGAAUAUUUCGACCUGAAAUGUUAAUGCCAAUGGGAUUUCCAAAAAAUGUUUCUGUGAUGGCAUGGGGACUAAGCUUGGAAAGACCAACCAUGAUAAAAUAUGGUAUCAAUAAUAUUAGGGAACUUUUUGGUUUUAAGAGUGUAGUAUAG